AUGUGCGGCGGCGCCAUCCUCGCGGAGCUGAUCCCGCCAACGCGGUGCGUGGCAUCGAAGCCGGUGACUGAAGGCCACCUCUGGCCGGCGAGCUCCAAGAAAGCCGGCAGCGGUAGGGACAAGAGGCACCACAACGAAUACGCCGACGAUGACUUUGAGGCCGCCUUCGAGGAGUUCAACGACGACUUCGACGUGCUUGAAGACGACGAGGACCACUUGGUGUUCUCCUCCAAAUCCGCCUUCUCCCCAGCCCACGACGACGGGCGCGCUGCGCGGGCGGCGAGGAGCCAGAACAAGCGAGGCCGCCGCCCCUUCCACGGCAUCCGGCAGCGCCCCUGGGGCAAGUGGGCGGCGGAGAUCCGCGACCCGCAAAAGGGCACCCGCGUCUGGCUCGGCACCUUCAAUACCGCCGAGGACGCCGCCCGGGCCUACGACGUCGAGGCCCGCCGCCUCCGCGGCAGCAAGGCCAAGCUCAACUUCCCCGGAGCAAGCCGCGGCAACCCACGAACCGCGCCGAAACCGCAGCACCCUGGUGCUGCAGCAGUAGCACAGCCCGCUCUGCUGCUUCCAGGAGAGAAGCAGAGGCAGGAAGGGAUUGCCGUGAAGCCUGAAGCUAUGGACUCCUUCGACGUGGGCAGCUUCUUCGACAUGACCUUCCCCACCUUCCCCGCCGCGCCGCCGGCCAUGGAGAGCUCCUUCGCCGGCAGAGGCGGUGGCUCCGCGCUAGAGCUCGCUCACGAGCUGGCGUUGGAUCCAUUUAUGUUACUGCAGAUGACCUACUCGGGCGGGUACGAGUACGAUUCCCUGGACGGCCUUUUCGCCGCAGAGGCCGUGCAGCAGGAAGUGAACACCGACAUGAACGGCGUCAGGCUGUGGAGCUUCGACGACUUCCCCGUCGACGGCUCUGUUUUCUGA